GUUUUAAUGAGAAUGUUUUGAACCAAGGUAAAACAUGUCUUCAGUAAGCUUUUUACCAAAUGAAAACUACACCAACAAUGUUACUAGUUCAAACUCAGAAUCCCAAAGCAGUGAAGAAUAUGUCGGAGAAAGAUACGUGCCGUUAAUUAUCAACUGCGCAUUAAAUGCGCCGCUGUCUCUGAUUGCGAUAUUAGGGAAUAUGGUUGUUAUUUACUCCAUAUGGAAAACUCCUUCUCUACAUUCGCCGUCCAAUAUAUUAUUACUUGGGCUUGCUGUAUGCGACUUCAGUGUUGGAAUAACUGUGCAACCUUUCUACAUCAUCUAUCAAUCGUUUUACCUCUCAAAUCAUCUGCAAACAUGGCUAGCAACCAUGAAAGUAUAUAAUUUCCUUUCCAAUCUGGUUUGUGGUGUCUCCUUUCUCACCACGACUGCUGUAAGCGUCGACAGAUAUAUCGCUAUCCAUCUUCAUUUACGCUACCGCGAACUUGUCACUUUGCGCGGAAUGGGUCUACUCCUUGUCGUUUUGUGGAUCACUGCAGCGUUCGUCGCUUCAACCCUUAUUUGGAAGCCGAGUAUAACAUUCUUCCUCGUUGCUUCUGUUAUAGUCGUUUGCCUUUGCGGCACGUUUGGUAUCUAUGUCAGGAUUUUCACGGUUGUUAGGCAACACCAGAGAAGAAUUCAAGGUCAGCAAAGUCAGAAGACACGAAAUUUCGGGAACACCAAACCGUUUGCCAAAUCUGCAAUUGGUAUGUUUUACGUCUGUUUCGUUCACUUCCUUUGUUAUGUUCCAUAUUUCGUUUUUCUCAUUCUUCGAGAUAUGUACAAGACAAAUACUUUCACUAUACUGGCAACGGAAUAUGCUCAAACCCUUAUUUUUCUAAACUCUUCACUGAAUCCAAUAGUCUACUGUUGGCGUCUUGGUGAGAUUCGCGCGGCAGUGAAACGCUCCCUUGCGUCACUUGGUUGCAAACGUUUCGAGAACCCUGAAGCUAGAGUUAUCGCUAUUGCUGAGAUCAGUUUGAAGUGAUUUAAAGCCUCGUAAAAGCCGUGAAGGAUAGACUGGUUCUGCAAAAUAGUACUCCACAAAUAAUAGCAAUUGCAACUCGUUUUUAGGAAGUAAAGACGGUGCGAGAAUGAAAAGAGACUAAAAACAAAAAGCUUAAUUUGAGCAAAAAGUUUGGUAACAUAUUGAAUCUUACGAAAGCCGAAAGCUAAGGAUACAUCGCAAUUGCAAGAACGCAUUAAUUAGUAAGAAGGUUAACGGACGCGAAGACAGAGAUGGAUCAGUUACUCCGAAGAUCAAAGUUUCAGGUUAUAUUUUAAUUCUGAGUUUGACCAUAGCGAUACAAGGCGCAAACACUCAUCUCACAGGGAAAAGAAGGCAUGCUAAUAUUAAAUGGACCGCUUUUAAGUUUUAAUGUGGCUUUUGGAUCUCAUCAAAAUUUUGUGUAACAAUUAACAUUCAGACAUCAGAACGUUAUCAUCAAAUGGACUGCAGAAAUAGUCAUUAUCAUCUAGGAAACUUGAUCUACAAACAGAUUUGUAAGACUGAAAUUUACAGAAGUAUAUGAGAUAAGAACCAUGGAGACUUGAUAUACUAAGCUUGAAUCUUAAUUAAUUGAUUCAGUGCGGCCAGGUGCAAUAUUGUUUAUAUGUUAUAACAAAUUAUUGAGCCAUAUCAUUGUUAUUGAAAAUUUACGAAAAUUGGUUUGGGUGCUGUAUGGCGUCUAUCAACAAAAACAGUAUAGAAUCGCCUGCUGUGACCAUAAAAUAGGCAGUUAUUAAUCGUCAAUCUUUGAGAGUCUUAGUGGCGCCAAAUCGUUAAUAGACCACUUUCGACAUAUUAAAAUUCAG